CCUGAGACUGUGAUGACUACCCUUAGGGUCUCUGAUCCCCAACCGAAGACUAGCAAAUCAACCAGAGCAAAAAGUGAGGAGUUCCUCACAAAAUCCCAGAAGGUGGAAAAGGGCAACCCGUCAAUCCACUGGCUGAAUCUGGAACAGAAGUUGAGUGUAAGUGACAGUUUUGACCAGUACAGAUUUGGGAAGAAAGUUGAGCAAGGUAAUAACAAGGUGAUAUUGCUUCUGGGGGCCACAGGUGCAGGAAAAACAACUCUGGUCAAUGCCAUGAUAAACUACAUUCUCGGGGUAAAGUGGGAAGACUGUUACCGCUUUAAGCUCAUCCAUGAGGUGACCAACAGGUCACAGGCUGAGAGCCAGACUGUGGUUGUGACAUCAUACGAGCUCUACAACCAGCCAGGCUUUCAGAUUCCUUAUUCUCUGACCAUCAUUGACACACCAGGGUUCGGAGACACCAGAGGAAUGGCUCAAGAUAAAUUGCUCACCCAGAUGUUGAAGGAUUUCUUGUGUAAUCCUUUAGGGAUUGAUCACAUUGAUGCAGUCUGCUUUGUAGUACAGGCACCACUUGUUCGUCUCAGUCCGUCCCAGAGAUACGUCUUUGAUUCCAUCCUGUCCAUCUUUGGAAAGGAUGUUGCUGAAAACAUCCUGAUGCUUGUGACAUUUGUUGAUGGGAAGCACAUACCGGUGCUAGAAGCCAUCAAAGAUGCAAAUCUGCCUUGUAAGAAAAACAAGAAGGGGCUACCAACCCAUUUCAAAUUCAACAGUUCAUUUCUGUUCUCAAAGGAGACAGAGAGCAGCUCUGAAGAGGAUGAUACUGAUGAUGAUCAUAAGGCCCAGUGUCCAGAGCAAUGGAGUUCAACUUUCAAGGAGAUGAAGACAUUUUUUCAAGCAUUGGAAACCAUUGAGAGUAAAGAUCUGACCCUGACAAAGAAAGUUCUGGAAGAACGUGAGCUUCUGGAGAAGACCAUGACACGCCUGACCCCUCAGAUCACAGCAGGUCUGUCAAAGCUAAGUGAGAUCAAAAGCUUCAAACAGUGUCUGGAGAACGAGGAUGAGAACAUGAAACAGAACAAAAAUUUUGAAACCGAGGUAAAUGUGCUGCAGGUGAAGAGAAGCAAAUUAUCCCAGGACUUUGCGACAAACUGCAAGAUAUGCAAUUUCACAUGUCACACCUGCUGCUUCCUCCCACAUGAGGAUGACAUCAAUAGUUGUGCCGUGAUGGAUGAUGAUGGCAACUGUACCGUAUGUCCAGGAAAAUGCUCUUCCACUGACCACGACAGGGGAAAAAGUCUUGUUGACAUAUGA